AAAAAGCUUCUCCAACCUAGUUUUUGGUUUAAUAGUGUUAGAGUGGCUUAUGGUUUAAAAAAACCAAACGAAAAAGCCGCUUGUUUGUUUAGUCUUAAACUUUUCGGCUUAUAAGUUGGCUUAUAAGCCUAAACAAAGAGGGACUAAACAUUUGAUGUAACGGAAAAAUUGAAAGUUUGAACGAAUCUAAACACAGCCUAGGUCAGAGCGUCGGAGACGUCGUUGACAGUUGUAGAAGAGGGGCAAUAUUGCUUUGAGAUUGUGGGAGAGAGCUGCGGUCUCAACCCCCCAAGUCCCCAACGCACACUGCGCACAUGCGGCGGCGGCCGCGGCCGUGCACACAUGCGCUCCGCCGCCCGCGUCCGCCUCGCGCCCAAACCGAGAGCCAACCAGCCUCCUCCUCCUCCUCCUCCUCCGUUUCGGCUCGCCCCCGCCGCCGUCGCGGCGCUCGGAUCCCACCCCGACGCCUCCUCCUACGCCAGCCUCCUCUCCUCCCUCUCCAGAGAGUGCCACGCCCGCCACCCGUUCGACGCAAGUCCCCCGAGAGCCCGCCACUCGCAGACAUGCAGGGCCUUGCACGGCCGGAUACUGCGCGGCGGAUCACCCCUCCUGGGACGCCUCGGCGACUCGCUCGUCGAACUGUACUGCAAGUCCGGCCGUGUGGGCUAUGCCUGGAGCGCCCUGGGAUACGCCGGGGAGCGGGCUUCAGGCGCGGCGAGCUCCCUGCUGUCCUGCCAUGCGCGGUCGGGGUCCCCUGGGGAUGUUCUCGGCGCGUUCCGGUAUAUCAGGUGCACUGCCGGUGGCCGGCCGGACCAGUUUGGUCUUGCGGUCGUUCUGUCGGCGUGUUCCAGGGUGGGUGUUCUUGCUUACGGCAGGCAGGUGCAUUGCGAUGUGGUCAAGAGCGGGUUCAGUUCCAGUGUCUUCUGCGAAGCGGCGUUGGUGGACAUGUAUGCCAAAUGCGGUGAUGUGCCCAAUGCUCGCAGGGUGUUUGAUGGGAUUGCUUGCCCAGACACAAUAUGCUGGUCAAGCAUGAUUGCUUGCUAUCAUCGAGUUGGAUGCUACCAGGAAGCGUUGGCUUUGUUUUCUAGGAUGGAUAAGAUGGGCUCUGCUCCGGAUCAAGUGACACUUGUUACCAUCAUUUCCACACUUGCAAGCUCGGGCAGGCUGGACCAUGCAACAGCUUUGCUGAAGAAGAUGCCUACACCAAGCACAGUUGCUUGGAAUGCUGUCAUCUCUGGUCACGCACAAAGUGGACUCGAGUUUAAUGUGCUUGGCUUGUACAAGGAUAUGAGGAGCUGGGGGUUAUGGCCCACUAGAUCAACUUUUGCAAGCAUGCUAAGUGCAGCGGCUAACAUGAAAGCUUUUGUUGAAGGCCAGCAGAUGCAUGCUGCAGCAGUAAUGCAUGGCUUGGAUGCAAAUGUAUUUGUGGGAAGUUCUCUGAUCAACCUGUAUGCUAAAUGUGGCUGCCCCAGUGACGCGAAGAAUGUUUUCGACUUGUCCUGUGAAAAGAACAUUGUCAUGUGGAACGCUAUGCUCACAGGUUUUGUUCAGAAUGAAUUGCCAGAGGAAGCUAUUAGAAUGUUUCAGUAUAUGAUGAGGUAUACCCUUCAAACCGAUGAAUUUACGUUUGUCAGUAUUCUUGGUGCAUGCACCUACUUGAGUUCCUUUUAUCUGGGAAAACAAGUACAUUGUGUAACAAUCAAGAACUGCAUGGAUAUAAGCUUGUUUGUUGCUAAUGCAACACUAGAUAUGUACUCAAAAUAUGGAGCAAUUGGUGAUGCAAAGGCACUAUUCAGUCUAAUCCCUUACAAGGAUAGUAUAUCCUGGAAUGCCCUUACAGUAGGACUUGCACAGAACCUAGAGGAGGAAGAAGCAGUGUGUAUGCUCAAAAGGAUGAGGCUGCAUGGUAUAACACCCGAUGAUGUAUCUUUUUCUACUGCAAUUAAUGCUUGUUCCAAUAUCCGAGCCACUGAAACUGGAAAGCAGAUCCAUUGCCUGGCCAUCAAAUAUGGUAUCUGCUCAAAUCAUGCUGUUGGUAGCUCUCUGAUUGACUUGUAUUCAAAGCAUGGAGAUGUAGAGUCUUCUAGGAAGAUUUUUGCACAAGUAGAUGCGAGUAGUAUAGUGCCAAUAAAUGCUUUAAUUGCAGGUUUUGUGCAGAACAAUAAUGAAGAUGAAGCAAUACAACUGUUUCAGCAAGUUCUAAAAGAUGGUUUAAAGCCCUCCAGUGUUACAUUUUCAAGCAUUCUUUCUGGCUGUAGUGGAUCUCUUAAUUCAGCUAUUGGCAAGCAAGUUCAUUGUUACACACUGAAGUCUGGUGUUCUAUAUGAUGAUACUCUCCUUGGUGUUUCAUUGGCUGGAAUAUAUUUGAAGUCCAAAAUGCUUGAGGAUGCAAAUAAACUCUUAACAGAAAUGCCAGAUCACAAAAACCUGUUUGAGUGGACAGCUAUCAUUUCAGGGUAUGCUCAAAAUGGUUAUGGUGAUCACUCUUUGGUGUCAUUUUGGAGAAUGCGUCAUUGUAAUGUUCGCUCGGAUGAGGCAACAUUUGCAAGUGUUCUUAAAGCUUGUUCGGAUGUAACGGCUUUUGCAGAUGGGAAAGAGAUACAUGGCCUCAUCACUAAAUCUGGGUUUGGUUCUUAUGAAACUGCAACUAGUGCCCUCAUAGACAUGUAUUCCAAGUGUGGGGAUGUCAUUUCUUCCUUUGAAGCCUUCAAAGAAUUGAAAAACAAACAAGAUAUAAUGCCAUGGAACUCUAUGAUUGUUGGAUUUGCAAAAAAUGGUUAUGCUGAUGAGGCACUUCUGCUUUUCCAGAAGAUGGAGGAGUUGCAGAUAAAGCCUGACGAAGUUACAUUCCUAGGUGUCCUAAUUGCUUGUACUCAUUCUGGGCUAAUUUCUGAAGGUCGGCAUUUCUUUGGUUCCAUGAGAAAAGUUUAUGGAUUAACACCUAGACUAGAUCAUUAUGCCUGUUUUAUUGAUCUCCUUGGACGUGGUGGUCAUCUUCAAGAGGCCCAAGAAGCUAUUGACCAGUUGCCUUUCAGACCUGAUGGUGUGGUCUGGGCUACGUAUCUUGCAGCAUGCAGAAUGCACAAGGAUGAAGAAAGGGGGAAAAUUGCAGCAAGGAAACUUGUUGAGUUGGAACCACAAUACUCAUCUACAUAUGUGUUGCUUUCAAGCUUACAUGCUGCUACUGGUAACUGGGCUGAAGCUAAGGUAACCAGAGAAUCAAUGCGAGAAAAAGGAGUGGCAAAAUUUCCAGGAUGUAGUUGGAUUACCGUGGGAAACAAGACAAGCUUGUUUCUUGUACAGGAUAAAUACCACCCUGACAAUCUUAGAAUCUAUGAAAUGCUUGGUGAUCUAACUGGAAUGAUGAAGAAAGAUAACGAUAUUGAUGAGUAUGGUCUACUUUAUUCAGCUGAAAUGCUUGCUUGAGUGUGCUGGUGCUGCUUAAGAGCAAAGGGCCUUAAUUCAUCUUCUGGAUCAUCGAGGACCUUCAAUAAAUGCAUGUUUAGUUGAGAGAUUUGGAAUGUUAUGCAUAUUAUUUAUUCAAAAGUACAUAUACUCGUACCAAUAAUUGCUUUACUUGCUGCAAUUGCAGCACCAGACUUUGAAAAGGAUCAGCACCGCUAGGUGAUAUUGGAUUGGCAAAUAUCAGAAGUGGACAUGACAAUGGGCCUGCUAUUUUUCAUCUGUAAGCAGUAUUUCAAUACCUAGAAAUGAUCCUCAGAGGAUUAUUUGGACGGAGGACAACUGGCCAUAUUUGGAAAAGAACCUACUCAAGUUAAUUGUUAUGUCAGAAACAGUCCAAACAGCAAAGUAAGAUUCUAUUUAGUUUUCACAUAAAAUUAUUCUCUCAACGAAUAUAUGUGAAAGGCCACAUUUUGUCACUAUCAGCUAAGUCACUGUAAUUCCAAAAAUAUGCAAGAUGUUGUCUGCUAUUUGGCAAAAUCCUAUCACAAAUCACUUUCUCCUCAGUGAUUUCUGUUCCUGACUUCAUAGUCCAAAAUUUAAAGAAUUCUUUAUUGAAUUGCUGGCAAAUAAAGUUCUCAUUACUUUGUUAAUCAAAGGAAGAAUUAUAAAGUUAAAUACUAAGUUAUCAAAGAAGAAAUAAUUGUAGUUAAGCUCCAAGUUAUUACUCCCAGAUAGUAAUUUAGUGAUGGUUCAAGAACAAAUGAACAAUAGAAAUUAUGCUGAAUACAAUUUUCCAAUAUAAACUGAAUUGGCACAAAUUAUUACUUUUUCUGAAAUUAAACUUGAUCUUCCAAGUAGGGAAAACCACCAAGCAACAUAGCCUCAUAGAAUACCACAUACUUGUUGACAAGGUUUUUUUUUUUUCUGAAAAGAAUAUGAUGUGAGAACUAACAAUCAGCAUGCAAAUAUUUCAAGCCUGAUUUGACAAAGCAGUCAACCUUUCGUUAAUAUUUCCUAUCCUAUUAUACAAAAACAAAAUUGUCUCAAACGUGACUACCUUUUGUAUAGGGCACUAACACUGGCCAUGUGAAUACUAUUCUUCAACUGUUGUGAAAAAGAACUUGAAUAAUUGGCAAGUAUCUAUCUACAUAAACUGUUAUAGAUGUUCACAAAUGAAACAGCAUGUUGGUCCAGCACGUUGCUUAGUUCGUGGCUACUGUCUUCCCUUCACAAACAUCACAUACAAUUGAACCAAGGCCUUCACAGUAUGGACACUUCGUAUCUUCACCGACCCACUCCAAAAACUGCAUUUUGAGGGGUAAACAGAAAGGAAGAAAGAAAAAGGUCUUGUCAGGAGUCGCAACUCACAAGCAGCUCAUUUCUCAAUACAUUACAAAUGCUGUACAUGUUGUGCCACCAAGCAGCAAAUGUUAUUACCUACGCACAUGAGGCGGCCUUCACCCCGACAAGAGAUGCACUUCUUAGUUGAUGCAUUGGUAGCGCUGCUGAUUGGUUUAUUCUUCUGUGUUAGCCUAGAUGGGUCUUCCCACCUGUUUUCACCGAUGAGAAACACUCUAUUUUCAGACAACCCUACUCCUGAGACACCAUUUCCUUUCACAACAGUUUGUU